CCUCUCUCUCUCUCCCCCUCUCCCUCUCCCCUCCGUCUCCGUUUGUGCGAAUACUGCAAUUUGGGAUCGAUAAUGGAUAGUCUGCGACUGACUGCAAUGGUAAUUUACAGUUAUAAGUUUCUCAUCCGGCUCAUGCAAUAAUUCUGCAUGCAUGGUUAGGACAAUCAGAUCAUUGUACGGUGGUCUGAAGCCGGAAGGUUGGCCUUCCGCUGCUGCUGGCAGCCCUCCUCAAGGCUUUCCACUCGCGGGUGCUGGCAGCUUCAAUAAUAAUAACAACCAUGUUGCCCCUGGUACCGGUGGUGGCGAGGCUCGGAGGCUUGCAGAAGCUAUUCUGCGCUCCUCGGGCGACUUCAUGCCAAUAACUUGUUCCUCUGGAGGAGGUCAUCCCUAUGGCUUCUUCUACGGAGAAAGCCCUAUUACUGCCUACCCUUUCACCCUCUUCUUGUUGGAGUUCUCUUUCAUCGUCUUCACGAUUCGCGUUGUCCGCUUCCUCCUGAAGCCUUUCUGCCAACCUCGCGUCAUUGCCGAGAUCGUUGGUGGCAUAAUCAUUGGACCGUCGCUUCUAGGACACAACAAGAAGUUCAGGGAGACGCUGUUCCCAGACAGCGGGCAAUUCAUCAUCAAGAACAUUGGAGUAAUGGGUUUCAUGUACUUCCUCUUCAUUUCCGGGGUGAAAAUGGAUAUGACCGUCAUCAUGAGGAGAAUGGGGAAGAAGAACCUCUACAUCGCGCUGGUCGGAGUGGUCCUGCCCAUGUUAGCAUCCACCGCGGUGGCAUUUGCCUUGCGGAGUUCAAUGGACGAGGAGCUUACCAAGAUAUCCUCGAUCGGAGAGAUCGCAUCUUCCCUAGCGAUCACGACAUUCCCUGUUCUCUACCACGUCCUCAAGGAGCUGAACCUUCUUAGCUCGGAGGUUGGGAGGAUGGCCUUGUCAGUGUCGAUCUGCGGGGAUGCAAUUGGAAUGAAUGCAGUGGUCGCAUUCGAGGCUGCAAUCCAAGCUGAAGUUAAAGCAAUGAACGCGUUGUGGUUUGUGAUUUCCUUGAUAGGACUGGGCAUCUUCAUGAUUUUUGGGAUACGUCCUAUACUGGACUGGAUCAUCCGCAAGACCCCGGAAGGGUCCCCUGUGGACCAGGCCUACGUGGUUGCGAUUCUGGCAGGGGUCUUGUCCAUCGGAUUCCUCACCGAUAUGUUCGGCAUAGCCAUAGCAAAUGGACCUCUCUGGCUGGGGCUGAUAAUUCCGGACGGGCCGCCACUCGGGUCGACUCUGGUGGAGAGGAGCGAGACCAUUGUAAUGGAGCUUCUGAUGCCCUUAGCCUUUGCGUAUGUGGGUCUCUACACCGACGUGUACUCCAUGGCCCCUGCCUGGUCAAGUUUGAGGCCGCUCUUUUACAUGACCAUCACCGGCUACAUCACCAAGUUGUUCUCAACCUUAGCAGCCACCCUUUUCUUUAAGAUGCCACUCCGGGAUAGCGUGGCGUUGAGCCUCAUCAUGAGCUUAAGGGGUCAAGUAGAGCUACUCUUAUUCAUACAUUGGAUUGACAAGAAGACAUUUCAUAAGUUGCAGAUCAUAAAGAAGCCAUCUUUCACGUUGCUGGUUCUACUAACAACUGGCGUAACAGCCAUAGCCACACCGUUGAUUACCAUGUUCUACGAUCCGACCAAGCCAUACAUGGUGAACAAGAGGAGGACCAUCCAACACACUCCCCAUUCCUCGGAACUGGGAAUAGUGAUGUGCAUCCACGACCAGAACAACAUAGCCGCCUUCAUCAACCUCCUCGAGCUCUCCAACCCCACAAGCACUAGCCCCUUCUCAAUCUAUGCACUUCACCUAAUUGAGCUGGUGGGGCGCGCCGCUCCUGUAUUCAUAGAUCACCAGCAGCAGUCAGAGCCUUUUAAGUACCCAAUCCAGGACUACGACACCAUUCACAACGCCCUCAUGCUGUACCAGGAAACACGAGGUGAGUUUGUACAUGUCGAAGAGUUCACCACGGUGUCACCCAUGCGGACGAUGUACCAAGACAUCUGCGAGCUUGCCCUCGGGAACAAAGCAAGCUUGGUCAUCCUACCCUUCCACAAGGAAAGCCUGGAUGGACCAGGAACGGAGUUCGUGCGCCAGGGGGUGCAAUCCGUGAAUCUAAAGGUACUGGCCACUGCCCCUUGCUCGGUGGGCAUUCUGGUGGACAAAGGGCAUUUCAGGAACAACCCAGUGACCAGCUCCUUCCGGAGCUCCGUUGUCUACAAUCUCGCCAUUCUAUUCUUGGGAGGAGCAGAUGCCCGAGAAGCACUCGUGUACGCGGACAGAAUGGCGGGGCACCCGGAUGCGAUGCUGACGGUGAUACGCUUCCUGGCGCAUAACGGGGAAGGGGACGACGAGAUAGAGAAGAAGCUGGAUGACGGGGUGGUAACGUCGUUCUGGGUGAAGAAUGAGGCGAACGAGCGAGUGGUGUACCGGGAGGUGGUGGUGAGCAACGGUGACGAGACGGUGGCAGCGAUACGGGCAAUGAACGACGGUUCAUAUGACCUGUGGAUGGUGGGGAGGAAGCAAGGGGUGAACCCGGUUCUGCUGGAGGGGCUAACGUCUUGGAGCGAGAACCGAGAGCUGGGGAUAAUAGGGGACUACGUUUCAUCUGCAGAUUUUGGGAGUAGAGCUUCAGUGCUUGUGGUGCAGCAACAAGUGCUCAGAGAGCAAAAGACCGCGGGGUCCCAGCUUGAGAGGUUGUGGAGCAGUAUAUCGUCCUCCUCCGCACCCAGCUAGUAGCUAGCUAGCUAGAUUAUAUAUAUAUAUAUAGCUAAUAAAGCGCUUCAUUAUAUUAUUAUUAGCUUAAUUAUAGCACUCAGCAGCAGCAGCAGCUGCUGCAGAAAUGCAUGAUUAAUUCUUGAUCUCAUUAAUAUAUAUCUAUAUAAAUAUAAACUUGACCACAGGCAACAAAUAGGAUCAUAAAA